ACACUUCGAGGCCAGCUCUUUCCUCAUGAGGGUGGUAUGUGGAAAUCAGUGUUCCUCAGAGCGGCCAAUGAGGAUGAAGGCUCCACAGAGGGACGAGGGACUAUGGUCAUGUGUUCUGUUGAGGAACUGGCUCUGGAACACUACAGAACACUUGGUUUUGAUCAAGGUAUUCAUGGAGAAGGCUCUACAUUUUCCACCCUUUUUGGACUCCUCAUGUGGGACAUCAUCUUUAUCGACGGGGUUCCUGAUGUCUUCCGAAACCCCUACCAGACUUGUCCUCUGGAUUUGCACACUGAUUGUUUCUACGGUAACCGCCGGGAAACCAUUGAGGCGCGUGCUGAGAUGUUGCGCGAGGCGUCUGCCGAGACGCUUCAGGAGCUGCUCGCUGAUGUGUGGAAUGCACAGGAGGGGAGAGUGUGUGUGCUGAUAAACUGGUAGCGCUUCUCCUCUC